AUGGAGGAAGAAAAGGCGUCACUGGAGAAUGAGCGCCAAAAGGUGCUCAGGGCGCUUGAAGAAAAGCAUAGUGCUGAAGUGGCGGCAUUUGAUGAUGAAGAGAAAAAGGCGGAAGGCGAGCAGUUGCAGCAUAUCUCCACAACGGCUUCGCAGUUCAGUUCACAGAAGGCGCUUCGCUCAAUCUCUGCAAGCUUUCAUUCAUUGGCUACAAAUUCUUAG